AUGUGUAUCGUUUCGGAUAGGCAUGCAAGCAUUAUUAACGCAACUUCAACUGUCUAUGAUGAAAUACCUCAUUUCGCGUGUAUAUGGCACUUGUUGCAAAACAUAAUGAAAAACUUAAGAAAGAGUCAGCAAAAGGUAACAGAAUUGUUCUACUCUAUGGCAAAAACAUACACCAUGAUAGAGUUUAAUCAACAUAUGGAAAUUGUUGAAAAGAUAGAUAAGAGGAUUAAAGACUACUUGCUGAACAUUGAAUACAACAAAUGGUCACGUGUUCAUGCUCAGGUAAAUAGGACUUGGAUGAUGACAUCAAACAUUGCAGAAUCAGUCAAUUCAAGAACAAGACAUGCCAAAAUUCUUACAGUCUUGCACCUCCUAAAAUUCAUGAGACAACUUGUUCAAAAAUGGAAUAACAAUAACAGGUCAAAGGCAAUAUUUUCAGAAUUUUACCUUGGGAAAAAGUAUGAAAAAAUUCUACAACAUAACAAAACUGCAUCGGAGAAAUUAAGAGUAUGUUUGUGUGUUGCUUCUGGCUAUGAUGUUGUUGCAGCCCUGGAAGUUAUAGGUGCUGCAGUUCUGCCUUUGUACCUGCACAAACAACUAAACCCAAGGAAUCCCCAAGAUUGUUUGGUAUUGUUGAAUGUUGCAAUGCUCCAUAGUUGCUGCAAUUGGUUUAGCUCUGUGAAACCUGCACAAACUAGUAAGCAACCACAAGCAAAAGAGGGUGAUGAACUACUGGUACAGAUCUGUAUUGGAUGA